AUGGAAGGCUUUUGCAUGCUCUACGCUGAAUACUUCGCCGAUGAUCCAUUGCACGUCGAUGUCAUAUUUCGCCGCCAUUUCAGGAUGAGCCAGAAGCUCUUUUUGAAGAUUGUUGAGAAUUUGAGGGAGAUCAACUACUUCAAACUGAAGAGAGAUUCCAUCGGCUUACCUGGUUUCUCCACAAUUGAGAAAUACACAGUCGCCCUCCGGAUGCUUCCGUACGGAAUGCCUGGAGAUACACAUGACGCGAUAUUUGGAAACAACUACCCGCACACACCCAAUGCAGAAGACACAUUUAGGAUAUUAAUACAUAACAUAGAGUGUUUCUUGGGAUGCUUAGAAGCAUCGACUGUAUACAACUGUACAUUGAAGAAUUAUCCAUUUGCGCAUCAAGUGCUCGAAUGUGUUCCAAAAGCUUGCUGA